CAAUACCAAGACAUUUGGGAUGAAAAUCGCGAGGCACUAUAAUUAAAUAAUGCAUGAAACAAAGAUUUUCACAUAAGAAGACAACUGAAACUUGUUAAAAUCCACAACAUCGUCCUCAUAUAGAUACCCGUAUCUUUUACCCUCCCAUCCAAAAUCCAACUUUUUUGAAAAUUUCACAAUGUGAAACUGAAAAACUUGAUCCUACUCAAUGUAUUCAAAUGUCAAUCAAAGCUUAAAAAGGAGGAAAUUUUUGAAAAGGAAAUGCAGUCAACUGACUGUAAUGCCCCUCACGCGUAAAUAGACCAAUCAUGGGGUGCAUUUUCGAAUUUCGAGUUUUCAUGUCCUUCCCUUCGAACUUAUACUCAGGAUUAGUCAAGUAUUACCAUUUUUGUUCUCUCAUUUUGGUUUUGUAUUGAUUAAUUAUGGGCAAUUGGCGGGUCAAUCGGCAUGCAAGAAAGAGAUCGUCUAUGGUGCUUUAUGUGUUGUUUGUGCUAUUAAUGUUGUCGGUGGUACUGUUGAUGCUUCUUGGGCUCGGAAUUCUCUCUCUACCAAUUAGCUCCGGCAAGGACUCGUUGUCGGCCAGAGGUCGUGGUGUAUCUGAGCAAGUUACCUUAGACACAAAUUUGGAUGAUAGGAUGGAAAGUGAAGGGGAGGGAUUGGGGAAAAGAGAAAAUCAGUGGACGGAAGUACUUUCCUGGGAGCCCAGGGCCUUCCUCUAUCAUAAUUUCUUGUCUAAGGAAGAAUGUGUACAUAUGAUAAAUCUUGCCAAACCUCACAUGACAUUAUCGACUGUUGUUGAUGACGAUACCGGAGACAGAGUGAACAGCAGUGUUCGAACGAGCACCGGAAUGUUUUUGGAAAUAGGACAAGAUAGAGUCAUCAGAGAUAUUGAGAAAAGAAUAGCGGAUUACACACAAAUACCUGUAGAACACGGAGAAGGCCUUCAAAUUCUACACUAUGAAGUAGGGCAAAAGUACGAUCCUCAUUGUGACUACUUUGAGGAUGAAUUCAACCUUAAAAAUGGGGGUCAACGCUUAGCCACUGUUCUUAUGUACUUAUCGGAUGUUGAGGAAGGGGGUGAGACAGUGUUUCCUGCUGCCAAAGGUAACUUUAGCUCGAUUCCCAAUUGGGAUAAGAUGUCGGAAUGUGCUAAAGAGGGACUUUUCGUAAAACCGAAAAUGGGAGAUGCAUUGCUUUUCUGGAGUCUAAAACCCGAUGGCAGUGACGACCCGAUGAGCAUGCACGGAGCUUGCCCUGUUAUCCGAGGGAAUAAAUGGUCGUCUACAAAGUGGUUGCAUGUUGAUUUAUAUGAUAAUUCUUAAGCGCAUGCAUCUUUGUGAUAGACAAGGAGACCAAGGUCUUUCCUUGUCAAGAAAUUGUGUAUCUGACAGAAAUAUGAAUUUUAUCUUUUUAGGUACAUAACGGUGAAAAUAUAAUACAAUAAAUAAAAGGAUGUGGAGUGAAAAAUAGGACAUCGUGUCUUGAACUAGUAUGUAGGCCGUGCGAUACAUGAGGAAAAAAAUUUCAUGUAUCAAGCCAUUGAAAUAUUGAUUACAAUAAAAAUAGUUUAAAUAUGAAUAGUAGUUUUUCUUUUAUUUUAUUACAUGUAAUAAUUUAAUAUAUGGUUUAUAUGUUUAUUUCACUCGUUAUAAAAAAG